AUAGAGCUACCAUCAGCAGAGUGUCCCGUAACAACGGAGUGCCAGCCCGUGCCUGCUGCCCCAGUAACUGCCUGUAUAGAGCUACCAUCAGUAGAGUGUCUCGUAACAACGGAGUGCCAGCCCGUGCCUGCUGCCCCAGUAACUGCCUGUAUAGAGCUACCAUCAGCAGAGUGUCCCGUAACAACGGAGUGCCAGCCCGUGCCUGCUGCCCCAGUAACUGCCUGUAUAGAGCUACCAUCAGCAGAGUGUCCCGUAACAACGGAGUGCCAGCCCGUGCCUGCUGCCCCAGUAACUGCCUGUAUAGAGCUGCCCUCAGCGGAGGAAGACUGCCGCGACGCACAAGAAACAGUCGAGGAACGAACGUGCGCGCCACCAACCCCGAACACCGACACGUCGGUCCUUAGGAACGUCACGAUCCCCCGAAGGUACAGGGACAGAAUGAAGGGCCGCGGAGGUGUUGUGGGGCGCCUCCACGAAGACCAUCCCGUCACCAUUGAGUAUAAUGAACGAUGCGGCGUAAUGAAGCUUCGGGGCCUCGCCGAUGACGUCAGACGAUGCCAGGACGACAUAGAUGGCACGAUAAAGACGUGGCAGAGGGAGAACAGCAAGAAACAAAUGACGAAGAAGGCGGCAGCGAACGGUGCCAAGAGUGAAGGCAAAGAAACAACACCCCGACAAGACACUAAGCCUGUGCGUGCCCCCGACACCCGGCAAGACCAGGCCCGUAAGGAGACUAACGCCGCGACAACUGGCGCCAAGAACGAAGGCAAAGAGGUAACAACACCCCGACAAGACACUAAGCCUGUGCGUGCCCCCGACACCCGGCAAGACCAGGCCCGUGAGCAGCGUAAAGCGGGGACGAGGAGUGUGUGUGCCCCCGACACCCGGCAAGACCAGGCCCGUGAGCAGCGUAAAGCGGGGACGAGGAGUGUGUGUGCCCCCAACACCCGGCAAGGCACUGAGCGUGUGUGUGCCCCCAUCACCCGGCAAGGCACUGAGCGUGUGUGUGCCCCCAACACCCGGCAAGGCACUGAGCGUGUGUGUGCCCCCAACACCCGGCAAGGCACUGAGCGUGUGUGUGCCCCCAACACCCGGCGUACGGCCACGGCCAUUCGCAACGCACCGUCGCCCCAAGACACGCGACCCGAGGCGCGGCAACACCCGCCGGCGGCUGAUGGCGCCCCGAAAGAACGCCAAAGGAAAGUUGCUAAGGAAGCCGUCAAAGGACGCUCUAAAGGAAUUGCUAAAGGGCCAUCUCAAGAAGCCCCGAAAGGCGCGUCCCAUGACACUCCCGAAGGAGCGCCGAGGGAAGCUCAGCCCUGGACGUUGCUGCCGCCGCCGCGCCUGCGCAGCCCCGACCGGCGGGACAUCCUGGGACAGCGCUGGCUGUCUGAUGACGUCAUGGACCUGGCCCAGGAACUGCUGCAGCGGCAGUUCCCGAACACUCGCGGCUUGUACGCCAGCGGCGCCGCCUUCACCCUGCCGCCCCUGCAGCCCGGCAGCGGAGCGCUCUUCCUGCAGGUGGUGAACCGGUCCACGCCGAUGAGCCUCGCCUCCAUGGCGGACUACGGCCGCACGGGGGGCAGCCACUGGCUACUGCUGUCCUCGUACGGCGCGGCGCGCCCAGGCCAGCUGGCCGUGUAUGACUCGCUCUACGACACGCUCUCCGCCUCCACGGCCGCCCUGGUGCGGCAGCUGCAGGAGCUGCACACCCCGCCCCCGGACACCGUCAUGCGGCCCGUGCAGCGCCAGCGGGACGGCUACAGCUGCGGUCUCUUCGCCCUCGCCUUCGCCUUCAGCAUCGCCCACGGCCAGGACCCUUGCCGCGUGCGCUACGUGCGGGCCCGCAUGGCGCGCCACCUGCUGGCGUGCCUCGAGCGGGGCACAGUGACGCCCUUCCCCAGCGAGCCCAAGGACACGAUGGGCUAAGAACCUUCACCUUCAAACACAGAGAGGAGGACUUAGGCAGCGACAGGAAGGAUAAAGAGUGGGUCUCUGCUUCGCCUCUGUUGACAGCUGUGUCCAGUGUCGCGACAACUGCUGGAGGUGUCUUUCAGCAGUCCAUAUGUUUCAGUAUUUACUUCAUACUUUUUCUACAAAUCAAAAAGACGUUAGUACUCUACAUUUUAUCUUCGGAGCUUCAGCAGGAAUGGCAGGUAUUUGUGCACAAACACCGAAAGAAUAAUUGAUAGAACUGAUAACAUUCAAGACUCUUAGAUUUAUGAG